CGGACUCACACCUCGCUACUCGCCGCAGUCUCCUCCCUCCUUGGCCGUUGCUUGUUGCGUUCCAGUAGAUUCCCCCGGUUCUCUCACCUUUCAAUCUUCGUUAUUGUGAGGGGGGCUCUUAAAAUCUGGAAUCUUCUCAGCAAGCUGAAUGUGUGAGACAAAGAUGGGUGAGGCGGGGGAAGCAGAAGAGCGGCCUGUUUUCAGAGAUAUUAGACGCUAUUACUGUGAAUACUGUGGCAUCUGCAGGUCCAAGAAGACCUUGAUAACCGCUCACAUCAAUACCCACCAUAAGGAGGAGGUGGAGAAAGCCAGAAUUAAUACAGAUUUCAAAGUGGAGGAUGUAAAAUCCAAUACUUGCAAGGAAUGUGGUGCUAGUUUUAAAAAGCCUGCCUAUCUAAUCCAGCACAUGCAAAGCCAUUCACUUGAGAGGCCAUAUGUGUGUGCCAUUGGGGAUUGUCAGGCAAGUUACAGAAGAAAGGACCACUUGACUCGUCAUUCUCUUCAGCAUCAAGGGAAAACUUUCAAGUGUCCUGUUGAGAAUUGCAAUCGCGACUUUGCUUUUCAAGGAAAUAUGACAAGACAUGUCAAGGAAUUCCAUAAUGAGAAUUCCGCUUCUACUACUGCUGAAAAUUCGAAGCAGUAUGUUUGCCCGGAAGUUGGUUGUGGAAAGGUUUUCAAAUUUGCAUCAAAGCUGAAAAAGCAUGAAGAUUCCCAUGUUAAGCUGGAGUCAGUAGAGGUAAUCUGCUUAUAUCCUGAUUGUAUGAAGCAUUUCACAAAUGAGCAGUGCCUUCAAGAACAUAUCAAAUUGUGCCACCAAUACGUGACCUGUGAGACAUGUGGAAAAAACCAGUUGAAGAAGAAUAUUAAGCGGCACCUCCGUAUGCAUGAAAGCAGCACUUCGUCAGGGACGUUUAAAUGUGAAUAUAAAGAUUGUGGUAGUCAAUUCUCAAGUAAAUCUAAUCUCCAGAAGCAUGAGAAGGCUGUGCACUUUGAAGAGAAACCUUUUGUGUGUGGCCUUCCUGGUUGUGGCAUGAGAUUCUCUUACAAACAUGUGAGAGAUAAACACGAGAAAAUUGGAUCGCAUGUCUAUAGCCUGGGAGAUUUUGAAGAAACUGAUGGGCAGUUCAGAUCAAGACCCAGAGGAGGGCGAAAGAGAACAUGUCCUACUGUUGAAAUGUUAGUUAGAAAAAGAGUUACUCCACCCAGUCAAUUGCAUCAUUGGUUACUUACGCAAGAGGAUGAUCAGAUGCAUUAAGCUGUGUGAACUACAUUCAACCAUAAGCGUCCUCCUCCUACCAUGCAUGUGUUCCACAUUAAUGCUUCCGGGGAAUUAUCAAAAUGAUUCUACGCCAACCAUCCAGAAGUGGCACUACGGCAAAUCUGGGUGGGAGAAAUUAUGUGAAGAAUCAUUGACUUAGGGCAAAAGCGUAGUAAAUUCUGGUGCCUGCUGUAUAGUAUAGAAUUGACGUAUAUUAUUUACUGAUUUGCUGUGGAAACUAUGUUGAUCUAAGAGAGAUAUGAAUAUAUAUAUAUAUAUAUAUAAACUAUUCGACCGCUGUCGCUUUUCCAUUUUUGUCAGGGGAAAUGACCAAAAAAAGAAGUUGGAAAUUAUUAUAUGUCAAAUAAGAAAUGUUAA